CAACACACGAGUAAUUAAUUAAUGAAUUCCUACGACCGUUUCAAACACCGUGAAACCUGUCAUUUGUCCGUAUGCCAUAGUGCAUAGUGCAUAUAUAUAUACAUAUAUAUACACACAUAUAUAUGUAUAUAUAUAUAUAUAUAUAUUAUGAAAAACAACUUGAACGGAGCUGCUUUUGAUAACUCUCGUCCGGAGCUUGCAGCAGUCUGUGCACACUUGUGCACUACUCUCCUCUAGUGACUAUUUUCUUCUUGCUUUAGGUUUUUUUUGGGUCACUAGGCGCUUCGAAACGUCAAGCGAGCGCGCAUCAUGCGUAUCGACGAAAGAUAAACGUGACAGCGAAUGUUUUCUGUCAAAGAAUGGCGAAACGUGCGUGAGGAUAUUUCGCCUGGACUAAUCGAAAUACCCAGAUAAUACGCGUAAUCUCUUGAUAAGUAUAAAUGCAUAAUAAAGGGGUAAUAUAACCUCGUGCAUUGAUUGAUAUAAAAACGUUAUUUCGUUUUUGCGAAACAUCUCUUCCUAUAUUUUGCACAAUAUGGAUAAAUUAAGGAGAGCCCUGAGCGGCAACGAACAAUGCGACGAGGAAAGUGGCAUUAUUACACAGGCUGAUGUGGAUUUUGUGGUCAUGGACCAAACGACAUUGAGUUGGUCUACUAGGAUAAAGGGUUUCGCAAUAUGUUUCAUCGUGGGUAUACUAUGUUCUUUUCUCGGAUCUUUUGCCUUAUUCCUAAAUAAAGGCCUUGCAGUAUUCGCUGUAUUCUACACUCUAGGCAAUAUUAUUUCUCUGGCUAGUACCUGUUUCUUAAUGGGGCCAUUUAAUCAAAUUAAAAAGAUGUUUGCACCAACAAGAUUAAUUGCAACCAUAGUAGUGUUCGUUACUAUCGCUUUGACAUUGGUCGCUGCUUUGCACUUGCACAAUCCUGGCUUAGCUCUCCUAUUUAUAAUUAUUCAGUCCCUAGCUAUGACGUGGUAUUCUUUAUCGUACAUACCAUAUGCUCGCGAUGCCGUUAAGAAGACGGUAGAAUCUUGUAUCACGUGAGAUAGAAAAUUAACUCUCUUUGUAUCAGUUUGUUAUGCAAAUGUGUUAUGUACUGUUUCGAAAAAAUCCUUUUACACCCGUGUCCCGUGGCAUUGAACAUGAGUCAUACUCUACUCAUAUUUGCAGAGAAACUAUGUGGUAAGAAAAUUGAAAGAUAUAUUUUGUAAAUUAAUCUUUACAAAUAAUACGAUCAUGCUAUUGUAAUAAAUGUACUGAAUUUUAUGCAGGAUAAUUUCCGUGGCUUCUUAACAAUUUGUCGACCAAACUUCUAGUAGUAAUAAUUAUGAAAUCAGUACAGUAUUUCACUUUGUUCAUAGCAGCUGAAUUUAAAAUAACAUAUAUAUGUUAUAUUUAAAAUAUAUAUGUUAUAUUUAAAAUAACAUAAUAUGUUAUAUUUAAAAUAACAUAAGAGAGAGAGAGAGAGAGAAAGAGGAGAGAGUGUGUUUAUAUGUUUAGUACAUUAACAACGUACUAAUACAUAUCUCGUCAUUUAUAUUUAGUUCGUUAAUGUCCUACUGAUACAUCUCAUCGUCGACAGUGUUAAUAGGAUGCAAUCAAUUCAUAUAAAAAGAAAAAGAAAAAAACUAAGCGAUGUAAAUGACACAGUGAUAAUUGACACAGUGUUAUUUAUCAACAUUUAUUAUUUGGCAUUUUAAUACGACCAGAUUGUAUUUAUGCUGUUACUCUGCAAUUUGUAAUUAUUCAGUCAUCUGCCUCGAAAAGUUUUCUAUUUUUUAUAAAUGUAUACUGGAACUUAAUAAACAGUUAUAUUCUUAAA